CUCUAAAGUUAGCCUCCUCCCUGGUUAAGCUGGUUCUAGGCAUCAAUUCGGCCCCCGUUGCCAACCUAAAGCGGGACUAUCGAGAGUCAGCGCCCCCCGACUCCGCCUCCCAUCGCAUCCAGGCGCUCAAUAAUUCAUCUUCCAUCUGACCUCCCUCACCGCUCACGCUAGAGCGCACCAGGGGAACAUCCACGGGCCCUUGCUGGUUGAGGGCUUUUCUUUCUUCUCUCGUGUAUUCGCCUGUCUGCGUUAUUAUUCUCUCGACUGCCUCCCGAUUGUACUCUCAGUCGAUCGGCAACAGCAUCACCGCCAUCACUGACUCGAUCCAUGUCUCACUCCAGCAGAUAAGGUCGUCUCUCUCGCGGUAGGAUCACGGCCAUGGAUCAUCCCGCCCUCACGAGAGCAACUGCAUCGGCCCAUAGCAUUAUGGCCAGCAUCAGCUCCUCCACCGCAGCUCCCUUGGCCGCGAUGGCCACGCCGUUUCCACCAGGCAGUCCGUAUGCGCCCGGCGACGACGAUACCGGAGAAUGCAAGCUCCUGGGUCCUUUUUCGUUGCUAGUACAAGCAGCGCUGGGAGCGCUGGCUUUGCUCUCUCUGGUCUAUAAGCGAUACAGGGAGAGACCGCAACGACCGGUCAAGAUAUGGGCGUUCGAUGCCUCGAAACAGGUUUUCGGUUCUGCAAUGCUGCAUCUGGCAAAUCUCUUGAUGUCGAUGUUCUCUGCGGGGAAGUUCGAGAUCACGGCUCGUAAAUACCAGCCCAACCCAUGUUCGUUCUAUCUAUUGAACCUGGGUAUUGAUACUACUCUUGGGAUUCCGAUCCUGAUUUUUAUACUUCGCAUUCUCAACGCGUUGGCCAUGUACACACCGCUUGCUAACCCUCCCGAAUCCAUCGAAUCUGGGAACUAUGGCGACCCACCUCGAGCAUCGUGGUGGUUCAAGCAGUCGAUUAUAUAUUUCGUCGGACUUUUAGGGAUGAAGAUCUGCGUCUUCUUCAUUAUCGAUUUGAUGCCCUGGAUCGUCAGCGUCGGCGACUGGGCAUUGCGGUGGACAGAGGGAAACACCGCCAUCCAGAUCUGCUUUGUCAUGCUUCUCUUCCCAGUCAUCAUGAACGCCUUGCAAUAUUACAUUAUCGACACUUUUAUCAAAAAGCAGACUUCGGUGCAGCUGGACUCCAUCUCUGGGGAUGAGGAGAUCGACUCGGAAUUUGACCCGAAUGACAGACACCACCGCAGCGCAUUACUGGCUGGUCUGGAUGACUCGGACUCGGACUCAGACGACGAUUCAGUGCUGAAGGAACCUGAAUCGCCGUCGCAACCGCAUGGCAUGGCCCAUCAUCUCCGCCAUGUCGAAUAUGACCCUCGCACAGACGGCGAGAACAGAUCUCAACUCCACUCCUCAGGCAGCGGUAGCAGUAGCCAUGGCGAGUACGGGCAGGAUCCGUUUGCGACGAAACUUACGUCACGACCAGUACAUUGAUUUCUGUCUUCCGAUAAGCUGCCAUCAAUCGAUCAAUCCGGUAUAUGUAUACGUGUUUCAUGCAUUCUGGGCGUUUCUGGGAGGGAAUUGAACUACGUACCAUGCUUAUCAAGCCACUGUAUUCUAUGGAUGAUACUCGCUUGCGCUGUGUUUCAUUUACUUAUCUAUGGGAAGUGACCAUUAUUCUGUCUAUAUCACACCGGGGAGUCUGGAAAAAAUUCCAUGGUUUCAAGUUCAUUUGCGAAGUCAUCUUGUAUCUUCAUGCAAUCAAUUGCAGUCCAUCGUAACCCUUUAACCUACGUUGGUAACAACUGUAUCUAUAUAAGUAUGACGGCAUUACUAGCAUACAAUUCUCAAACAUUACAUUACCA